GAUCAACGUCGUAUAUGCUGCAAACAAACAACGUAAAAAUAUUAUUAAAAAGUCAUCAGCACGCCAAAGUUAAAUAUUAUUAAAAAGUUAUCUGCGCGCCAUUGCUGACCGACAGGCAAGGACACUUUCAGCCUCCCCCCGUUGAACCUUCCACGCCCCCCUUCAUUCCAAUUUCUUGAUAUUUUUCUUCGAAACACGAACAAGAACCAAAUCAAUUUCUCAUUCUCUCAAACUAUAAUCCCCUCUUUUAUUUCAUCUUCUUCCUGUUGAAUUUGCAUCACCUCCAAAAAACUUCAAUUGGGUUUUUUUUUCUUUUUACAUUUGGUGAUCAGAAUCAUAUUCUUUGGACAAGAGCAAAAACAUGUUGGGUCGGAAUGCCAUGGGAAAAGUUGAGAUUCAAUACGAAUCACAGUCUCGGUUCUUUUCACUUGCUGAGAUACAAUCCGCCACAAACAACUUCGAUGAUCAAAUGGUUAUUGGGAUUGGCGGAUUUGGAAAAGUUUAUAAAGGGUACAUCGACAAUGGUUCCACAAUUGUCGCUAUAAAGCGGUUGAAUCCAGAGUCCAACCAAGGUGCUGAUGAGUUUUGGACUGAGGUUGAGAUGCUUUCCCAGCUCCGGUACACUCAUCUUGUAGCUCUUAUCGGGUACUGCAACGACUGCAAUGAGAUGAUCCUUGUUUACGAAUAUAUAGCCCAUGGAACCCUUGCUGAUCAUCUCUACAAACUUAGUAAAAGAGGAGAUGGAAUUGGUCUUACUUGGCAUCAAAGGCUCAAUAUUUGCAUUGGUGCUGCACGCGGAUUGGACUACCUUCAUACAGGUACUCAACAAAGUUUCAUACACCGAGAUGUGAAGACCACAAACAUUCUGCUUGACGAGAAAUGGGUAGCAAAGAUUUCGGAUUUCGGGUUGUCCAAAGGCACAACAAGCUUUUCAAAAACCCACAUUACCACAGAUGUAAAAGGCACGUUUGGGUUUUUAGAUCCGGAUUAUUUCAGGACUCAGAGGCUAACCCAGAAAUCUGAUGUGUAUGCGUUUGGGGUAGUGAUGUUAGAAGUGUUGUGUGGGAGGCCUGUCGUGGAUACAAGACUUGAGGAGGAUCAAAUCAGUCUGGUCUUUUGGGCUCGGCAUUGCAUUGAAACAGGUAGGCUUUCUCAAAUCAUUGAUACCUCUCUGAGAGGGCAAAUAUCGCCAAAUGCUCUCAAGUGCUUUGUAGAAAUUGCCUACAAAUGUUUACAUGAUCGUCCACAAGAACGGCCUACAAUGGCUGAAGUGGUGGCAGGCCUCGAGUUUGCAUUGGCUUCACAACACGGGGCAAUAAUAGAUGAUGAUCGUCAUCCUCAUCCCGCAACCAAAGCAACCAAAAAGAAACGUCCAUCGUUGAUGAAGCGGUUUGAGACGUCCAUUACUUCUGCAGUGGAUCUCUUCCUAGCUUCUUUGCAUUCCAAUCCCCCUUACAACAACUUCAUGUCUAAUGAUGGUAUGUUCACAACCAGAGUAGACCCGAAUCGUGCACCACAUCAUACAAGUACAUCUUAUGGAAAUAACAGUCGAAAUCAGUCCUAUACGAGCAAUUGAUUCUGCUAUAUAUUAUAAUAGCACUCAGAAAACAAUAUGCUAGCUAGUACCAUUGUUUGUAACAAAUAGUAGGUGUGAAUCAUCACUGUCCAUGUAUAUGUUACACUAAGUUUGUUUUUGAAUGUUGGAUUUGACAAGAAAUUUGUAUAUUAAAAAAAAAUGGAAGAGAAAUAUCUCAAAUUUGUUGAUGUGUAAUUUCUUCA